AUGAGCCCAGACGCACAGCCCAGGCAGCGGCUCUGGACCGGUGCACGUGCGCUCUGCGCCCCCGCGACCCUGGGCCGGGUCCCUCCUCCGGCCCGCCCCGGUCUCCCUGGCCUCGCGCCGGCCAGCGCCGGCCGGGCACCAAGCCCGCCGCCCGGUCGCCCCCGCUCCUGGCCGCCACAGCAGCCGUGGGGUGACCAGCGGGGAGGCCGGCUUUCCGCCGGGGCUCACGGGGUCUCCGCUUCCCGCCGCCCCCUCGCUCCCGGGCAGAGCCCGAGGGGUACCCUCCCCCGGGGAGGGGAGAGGGCGGCUUCUAAGGUGACAGAGGACUCUGGAGAGCCUGCGUCCAGGCAGGAAGGCCAGGCUACCCCGGACGGGGGCUCGACUCAGAAGGCGCGGGCGCCAGGCCCCCCAGGUGAGGCUGCCUCCGAGGAGGCUGGAUCGGAGAAGGCCCGUCUACACCGCGCGCCCGGAGGUGCGGGAUGGGAAGCGGGGCGCGGGGGGAGGCGGUCGCCCCCCGCCGCGCGGCUCCCCCCGCGCCGCCGCCGCAGCAGGUGGGGGCCCGGAGGCGGGGCCGGGCUCGGGGCGGAGCCUUGGGGCGGCCCGGGCAGGGGCUGGGGCCGGGGCGGGAGCCGGGCUGUCCGGGCGCCCGCGGGAGCUCGCCGCGCGCGGGGCUGGGACCGGCCUGGCCGAGCGCGCCGUCGCCGCGGCCGCAGACAAAGGGCGGCUCGCGCCCGGCCGCCGCGCUCGGGGCUCCGCCUGGCAACCCUCCCUCACCAGGAAAACAACAACAAAGCCCAAAAUAAGAAUCCAGGCAAAUCCAAACUAGCGAGUUUCCGGGCGGCGGUGUGUCUCCCGCGGGACCGACGCGGCCGCCCUCGAGGACGCCUUCCUGGGCGGACCGAGCGCGCCGGUGUCCGCGGGUCUGCGGUUUGCAUGGGAAGGUGGCCGCUGGACGGGGAUGUAAGGGCGGAGAAUAUAGGGACGGGGCGCCGCGGGGUCCCCAUCCCCGGGUACAGUUCGGCGCGUUGUAGGGCGCCGAGGGGCGGCUCGUACGGGGAGUUCAGAUUCGGAUUUCAGUUGUGGGGUCUCCUCAGCCCUCCGGCCUCCUCCCCUCCAGCCUCCUUCCCGUCCCGUUCAGGGUUAAUACAGCGCCCCCCACGCGCCCACCGACCGAGGCGGCCGUGGGCAGGGCGGGAGGCAGCCGGGCCGCCCUCCCGGCUCGGCGACCCCGAGCCCGAAUCUGCUAGGGAGGCGGGCGGCUGCAGGCGGAGGGUCGGUCCCGGGCCGGCCCCCCAGCCUCCUCCCGGGCUGCUCUGCAUCUGA